AAUAAAUUUUUCUUCAUUUUGCUCAAAAAUUAAGAAAAAAUGCAUUCUACUACGGGUUUGAAUAUGACAAUUCCUGAAAAAGUAUCAGAUUUAUUAGUAAAAUUAGAUACAACGGAAAUCAGAUCAAAAGAAGAUUUAUAUCCUUUAGAAUUGUUACAGCGAGCUACGAACUAUUUAGCCGCUUCAAUGAUUUUCUUACAAAAAAAUACUUUACUGGAAAGACCUUUAAGUAAAGAUGAUGUCAAAGAAAGAUUGUUGGGUCAUUGGGGAACAUGUCCCGGGAUUAAUCUCAUUUACGCCCAUUGCAAUCAUCUAAUAAGAAAACAUUCGAUUCCAAUGUUCCUUGUAACCGGCCCAGGACAUGGUGCUCCUGCCUGUUUAGCUAAUCUUUUUAUUGAAGGAUCUCUCGCUAAAUUUUACCCUCAAUAUAGUGUUAAUAAAGAUGGCUUGAAUAGACUUAUCAAAAAUUUUAGUUGGCCUCGCGGGUUUCCAAGUCACGUGAAUUCCGAGGUUCCGGGGCAAAUUCAUGAAGGUGGUGAACUUGGGUAUGCUCUUUCGGUUAGUUUUGGUGCAAUUAUGGAUAACCCGGAUUUGAUAGUCACGUGCAUCGUUGGUGAUGGUGAAGCCGAAACUGGUCCGACUGCAACAGCUUGGCAUUCUUACAAAUUUAUCGAUCCAGCUGAAAGUGGUGCAGUAAUACCAAUUUUGCACGAUAAUGGAUUCAAGAUUUCAGAAGAAACGAUUUAUGGCGCUAUGGAUGAUACUGAACUUUCCACCUUAUUUACUGGGUUUGGAUAUCAAGUUCGCAUAGUAUCGGAUCUAAAUGAUAUCAAUGCAGAUAUGGCUACUUCAAUGGAAUGGGCAUAUCAAGAAAUUCGAAGAAUCCAAACCUGUGCCAGGUCUGGGAAUCCAAUUUAUAAACCAAGGUGGCCAAUGUUGGUUCUUCGAACACCAAAAGGAUGGACGGGUCCUAGAGAGUUACAUGGACAACGUAUUGAAGGUUCAUUUAGAUCUCAUCAAGUACCUUUACCGCAUGCAAGAGUUGAUGAUGAUGAAUUUCGUUUACUGGAAUCUUGGUUAAAGAGUUACAAAUUUCAUGAAUUAUUUGAUUUAUCCGAUAAUUCAUUUAUAAUGGAAGUUCUUGAAGCUUUGCCAAAAGAAGAAUUACGUAUGGGAAUUAGAAAAGAGACGUAUGCUGCAUAUGAACCUUUAGAUUUACCGAAUUGCAAAGAGUUAUUGGUACAAAAAGGUGAUAACGAAAGCUGUAUGAAAAUUACUGGACAAUAUUGUUCUGAAGUCAUUAAAAUGAAUCCGAAGAGAUUCAGAAUCUUUUCUCCAGAUGAACUUGUUUCAAACAAGUUGGAUGCUACUUUUCAAGUCACCAAUCGAAACUUUCAAUGGUCUCACCAGACUAGCAACAAAGGAGGUCGUAUAGCCGAAAUUUUAUCUGAGCACACAUGUCAAGGAUGGAUGCAAGGAUAUACUUUAACAGGACGCGUUGCAUUGUUUCCGUCUUAUGAAACGUUCUUAGGAAUUAUCAUCACAAUGAUGAUUCAAUACGCAAAAUUCAUUAAACUUGGUAUGGAAACAUCAUGGCGAUUGCCAAUUGGAUCUUUUAAUUAUAUUGAAACUUCAACUCUCUGGCGACAAGAGCAUAAUGGAUUUUCCCAUCAAAAUCCUUCAUUCAUCAACAAUCUUAUUAACAUGAAAUAUGAACAUAUUCGCAUUUAUUUGCCAGCGGAUGCAAAUUGUUCUCUUAUUACAAUAGCUCACUGUUUAAGAGCAAAAAAUUAUAUUAAUUUGAUUAUUGGAAGUAAAAAUCCAACACCUGUUUGGCUAUCACCUGAAGAAGCAGAAAAUCAUUGUAUAGCGGGAGCAUCAGUAUGGAAAUUUGCUUCAACCGAUGAUGGCCUUGAUCCUGAUGUAGUUUUGGUUGGAUGUGGUACAGAAGUUACAUUCGAAGUUAUUGCAGCAGCGAGUUUAUUAAAGAAAGAUGUUCCAGAAUUACGCGUUAGGGUAGCUAAUGUGACAGAUUUAAUGAUUUUACCAGGAAAUGGGAGUCAUCCACAUUCUUUGGAUAACGAGGCUUUUGAAAGCUUGUUUACUAAUGACAAACCUAUUAUAUUUAAUUUUCACGGUUAUCCAAGUGUAAUUAGAACACUCUUAUUUGAUAGGCCUAAUUCACAACGUAUAACUGUGUUGGGAUAUAAAGAAGAAGGCACUACAACUACCCCUUUUAAGAUGUUAACUGCUAAUGGAACCAGUAGAUAUGACGUUAUAAUUGCAACUAUUCAUAACGUGUCCAAGUUUCAUCCAAAACUAUCAAUAAGAACACAUGAACUAAUCUCAUUAUAUAAACAUAAAAUUGUUGAGCAUGAUAAGUAUAUCGAGAAAUACGGUAAAGAUCCCGAACAUCUUAUGGAUAAACCAGAAUUUUAAGUGUAGGUUAAACUUUGAGGUUAAGGGUUAUACUUUUUCUUUUUCAACUUUUUCAACAAUAUAAUAUUAUUGCACAUAUAGUAUGAUUUAUUUACAAUAAACAGCCUG